AUGCUGGGGAGUUGCGGCGCGGCGGCGGCUUCGACGUCGGCGAAGGGGGAAGACUGGAGGAGCAGUUGCGAAUUUGAGGCGUCGGAGCGGCUGGAGCUGAUGGAGAGCGGGCUGCCUCUGUGCAUAUUCCUGGAGUCUUCGGAGGUGGUGGCGAUACGGCCGCCGGCGCCGCUGUACGUGUUCGUGCCGCGGGUGUCGUACUUGCCGACGCUGAUUGACAAGUGCCACGAGCACUUCAAGCCGUACAUUCAGCCGUCGUUCGGGCAGCCGACUUCGCCGUUUUUCGACUUCGGGGGCAUUCCCAUCGACUGGCGGCUGCCGAUCGGCGUGGCCUUCGACAUUCUGCGCGCGCUGAAGGGCGGCCGCGGGCAGCGGCUGGCGGCCGCGGGCGAGGCGGCGCUGGGGGAGCUGGCGGCGAGCGGGUGCGACGUGGAGCUGCCGUGGAGUCUGACAGUGCACUUCCACGGGUCCGCGGCGAGCCGCGAGCAGCGCGUGUUUGGCUGCGAGGAGUUCCUGGGGUGGGCCGGCUUCGAGAGCUUCUUCAUGAACUCGCUCAAGCAAGCCACCUACAUCAUCAACGGCUCCGCAGUGCCUUUCCAGCGGCUGCCGAAGGCUGCGGAGAUUCAGCUGCUCGCGGCGCUGCGCGCCGGCGCCGUGCCCGACUUCCUCGAGGGCUGCAGCCAGCUGCUGCCGCCCAUGACGCCCCGCCACUUCCGCCGCAUUCCCGUGCGUCUCUACGUCUGCGGGCCUCCCUGCUUCGAGCUUUCCCUCAGCUUUCCCUGCUUCAAGACCCCGCGGGUCAGCGGCCCCGCCGCCACGCUCGAGGACAGCGGCCCGCUCCCGCCCGCCGUCGAGGCUUCCGCCGGCCGCGCCGGCGUCCCCGCUGCAGCUGCUGCGCCGCCCGCUGCUGCUGCUGCUGCUGCUGCUGCUGCUGCUGCUGGGGGCGCGGGCGCGGGCGGGCGGCUCGCUGGCCGCGAGGGCGGCGCGGGAAGCGGCGGCCAGGCGCUCGCCACGCUGGGCGACUUGGUGCACCACGUGCUGCCGCACUUGUUUCCGAAGCUGAGCGGGCGCAGCAGCCAGCCUGGGCGGGAAGCCGCAGCAGCAGCAGCUGCUGCUGCUGCUGCAGCAGCAACAGCAGCAGCUGCUGCUGAAGACAGCCGCGGCAAAGAACAAAUUAAAGUGAUUGAAGAACCCGGCACGGACAUCGGCCGGCGGGCGUGCGCCGUCGUCGUCCACGGCGUGCAGCCGCUGCUGCAGACGCCGCUCUUUUGGCUCGCAGCGACUGCGCCGCAGCUGGACAUGUUUCUGCACGUGGUCGUUCUCGUGGACGAAGCACUCGUGGGAAAUGCGUAA